AGAAAUCCGACUCUUCUACUUCCUGGUUGCCUUUUUUUUUUUUUGCCUAAUCUGCGACGCAAGCUAACGUUUCUUUUUUUGAUUUAUUUUGUUUUUAUUUUCAUUUUUAUCGCGGUUUGAAAUAAAAAUGCUGCGAGGUUUCGGGUCCUGGCUGGGGUUGGAGGACCCGGCUGAGGAGGAAAAGCAGGUAGAAGCCCAAAAUGAGGUAAACAAACCGCAAUCAGCAGUUGGCCAACAAGACGCAGGAGAAGAGCAGGAGGAAAACAACAAAGGACUAGGAGACUACAUUUUCAGCUUUGCGUCCAGCGUGACCAAGAAGAUCACCGACUCGGUGGCGGAGACCUCGCAGACCAUCAAAAAGAGCGUGGAAGAGGGCAAGAUCGACGGCAUCAUCGACAAGACCUUUUUAGGAGACUUUCAGAAGGAGCAGGAGAAGUUUGUCCAGGAAAACAAGGCCAAAAGAUCAGAAGCAGCAGUGCCUCCAUGGGUGGGCUACAACGAGGAGGAGACCAUCCAGCAGCAGAUCCUGGCUCUGUCCGCCGACAAGCGCAACUUCCUGCGCGACCCCCCGGCCGGCGUCCAGUUCCACUUCGACAUGGAGCAAAUGUACCCGCUGGCCGCCGUCAUGCUGGAGGAAGACCAGCUCCUCAACCGCAUGCGCUUCGACCUGGUGCCCAAACUCGUGAAGGAGGACGUCUUCUGGAGGAACUACUUCUACCGCGUGUCUCUGGUCAAGCAGUCGGCGCAGCUGACGGCGCUGGCGGCACAACAGCAGAAGGACGGCGAGGACAGGGGGCCCGCCGUCUCCCCUGACGACGUGGUCCUGAGAGACAACGUCAGGCCAAAAACUCCACCUGUGUCCAUCGGUGACAUGCAGAAGCCUCCUCACGAGGAAGACGAGGAGAUAUCCACCAGCCCCGGCGUCUCCGAGUUUGUCAGCGACGCGUUCGACUCGGCGGCCAUCGACCGCGAGGACCUGAGGAAGGAGAUGGAGCAGCUGGUGCUGGACAACACGGACAGCCCCACCGACGAGGAGCACGCGGACUGGGAGAAGGAGCUCCAGCAGGAGCUGCAGGAGUACGAGGUGAUGACGGAGGCCGACGGCAGAGACAGCCAGUGGGACCUGGAGAUCGAGGAGAUGCUGCAGGCUGACGACCGCUAGACGUGAAUAAGUAACCUUUUUUUUUUUUUUUUUGGCCUUUAAACAUUCGCCCACAAACAAACUUUGCUUCUUCAGGGCUUAUCAUACAUCCAUGGAGACUAAAUACAUCAAAAUGAAACUCAUUUUAGAUCCAGCUGUUCGCAUUAAGAAACAAUUACACCACAUCAUGUCUUGUCAAAGCCUCUUCUUGCUCCACAAUGUUGAGGGAAUUGACUUGCAAGAUAUCUUUCAUCUUCUUCCUGCAGAUAACGCCAUCAAAACACAUACUUUUUUUCUCAAUUAGUUUUUUCACGCCCCCCCCCAUGGGGACAUAAUUUGUUCACGCCCCUCCUAAAAGCUGCAGCACUGUUUUGUUCUUCUUCCUGCCUGCAGAUAACGCCAUCAAAACACAAGCUUUUUUUCUCAGUUUUUUCACGCCCCCCCCCAUGGAGACAUUAUUAUUUUUUCACACCACUUUUUUGUUCUUCUUCCUGCAGAUAACGCCAUUAAAACAAAAGCUUUUUUUCUCAGUUUUUCACGCCCCCCCAUGGGGACAUUAUUUUUUCACGCCGCCCCCAAAUGCUGCAGCACUUUUUUUCCCUCCUUCCUGCAGAUAACGCCAUCAAAACACAAGCUUUUUUUCUCAAUUUGUUUUUUCACGCCCCCCCAUGGGGACAUUAUUUUUUUCACGCCCCCCCUAAAAGCUGCAGCACUUUUUUUUCCUCCUUCCUGCAGAUAACUCCAUCAAAACACAAGCUUUUUUUUCUCAUUGUUUUUCACGCCCCCCCUCCAUGGGGACAUUAUUAUUUUUUCACGCCCUCCCUAAAAGCUGCAGCACUUUUUUGUUCUUCUUCCUGCAGAUAACGCCAUCAAAACACAUACUUUUAUUUCUCAAUUUGUUUUUUCACUCCCCCCCUGCCCCCAUGGGGGACAUUUUUUUUUUUACGCCCCUCCCCUAAAAGCUGCAGCACUUUUUUAUUCUUCUUCCUGCAGAUAACGCCAUCAAAACACAUACUUUUUUUCUCAAUUUGUUUUUUCAAGCACCCGCCCUUACCCCCCCCCAAUGGGGACAUUUUUUUUUUUUCACGCCCCCCCCACCCCAUUAAUUUAGAUACAUUGGCUACCCUGAUAUUAAUUAUUUAUCCGCACAAACCACUCUGAGUUCCUGGCGCCAGCACAUACAAGUCACCUAGUUGAAGACUCUCACGGACAUGGUUUUGUGAGCAAACCACAGUUUGACACAGGCUUCUCUAAUAUUCAACAUACUGUAUCCGAUGUCUUGGGUUAAAAGUUUCGGCCAAGAGGCGAAGAUUGCAGGGUUUUUUUCUGUGUUUUUGUUUACUUUAGUGACCCGCUUCAAUCCAAUACCGUUUAAAAAAAAAAAGCCCCAGAAAAAAAUAUCACUUCUGAUAGCAAAUUGUGGGUUUUUCCUGAAUUAGUCUCUUUGGUAAUGACGGGGAAAGGACGCCAGAGGGCGCCACAGUAACAAAAAUAGUCUCACUAAUAUUUCCACUGCUCCUUUGUGCUGGCUUGUACAGUAAACCUUUAAAAGUCGAAUGUAAAGUAAGUUGAAUCCUGUAAAUAAAGACAAUAUUAAAAAACGA